AUGGUCAAGAAGCAAACAAGUCCCGCCUACGUCCUGGGCGUGGGCAUGACCAAGUUCAUCAAGCCGCGCGGCAAGGUCGACUACAAUGAGCUGGGCUACGAAGCCGGUAUCAAGGCCAUGCUAGAUGCGAAGAUCACUUACGACGAUGUCGAGCAGGGCGUGGCUUGCUAUGUCUAUGGCGACAGCACGUGCGGACAGCGCGUCUUCUACCAGUUCGGCCUGACCAACAUCCCCAUCUACAAUGUCAACAAUAAUUGCUCCACCGGUAGCACGGGUCUGGCUAUGGCCCGAACUAUGGUCUCGCACGGUGCUGCUGACUGUGUCCUCGUCGUGGGAUUUGAGAAGAUGAACCCUGGUAGCUUGCAGUCGAUGUACAACGACCGCGCCAACCCGACCGGUCUGUUCGGCACGAUGAUGGCUGAGACCCGCGGAGUCACUAACGCCCCCGGUGCUGCGCAAAUGUUCGGCAACGCAGGUCGAGAAUACAAGGAAAAGUACGGCGCUACGAACGAGGAUUUCGGCGAGAUCGCCCGCAUCAACCACGAGCACUCCAAACGGAACCCCUACUCGCAGUUCCAAGACGAAUACUCCCUCGAGCAAAUCAUGAACGCGCCCAUGAUUCACGAGCCCCUGACCAAGCUGCAGUGCUGCCCGACCUCGGACGGCGGUGCCGCCGCCGUCAUCGUCUCUCAGGAGUUCCUCGACGCCCGCCCCCACCUCAAGGAGCAAGCUAUCCAGAUCGCCGGCCAAUGCCUCGCCUCCGACACCGAUCAGGUCUACAACCGCAGCGCCAUCGAUCUGAUGGGCUUCGGCAUGACCCGCUACGCAGCCCGCACUGCUGCCACCGAGGCCGGUAUCAACGUGAAGGACAUCAAGGUGUGCGAGCUGCACGACUGCUUCUCAGCGAACGAGAUGAUCACCAUCGAUGCGCUCGAGCUGUGUGAGCCCGGCAAGGCGCACGAAAUGGUUCGCCGGGGUGAUAUCACCUACGGCGGAAAGAUGGUCAUAAACCCCUCCGGCGGCCUCAUCUCCAAGGGUCACCCACUCGGCGCCACGGGUAUCGCCCAGUGCGCCGAGCUGGUCUGGCACCUGCGUGGCUGGGCCAACAACCGCUUGAUUGCGGGGACUGAUGCUGCUCUGCAGCACAACCUGGGUCUUGGCGGUGCUGUUGUCGUCACGGUGUACAAGCGCGCAGACGGAAAGGUCGCUGCCGCCGUUCCGUCAGACGUUGUUGGUAAGCUCAACGGCCUGGGCUACAACCCUGCUGUCGAGGCUCGCGGGUUCACUGCGGCGCAGGCCAAGUCCGUCGUGAGCAAGAAGCACAGCAAUGAGUGGGCUGUUGCGGAUGCUCAUGACCGCGUUCUUGCCCGUUUCUAA